UGGGGGGGUCUUACUCCGAGUUCGGGUGUUUCUUAGGGCAGGGCUUUGUUUCUCCUCUCUGUCUUACCCUUUCUGAGGCCCGGCUGCAGGGCUCCCACGCCUCUAGUGUCUGUGCUUGGUGUCCUGCAGGAUGCCCCACCCCGGGCAUCUUCCCAGGAGGGUCUGGGCUGCGCUGCUCAGUCAGCUCCUGCGACCGCCCAGCGCUGUGUGCAUCCGGGCGGUCGGCUGUUACAGCCAGGUUGCAGAGGCAGUGUUAACAUCUCAAUUGAAACCACAUCAGAAGAAACCGAAUUUUAUCAUCAAGGUUCCAAAGGGCACCAGAGAUCUUAGUCCUCAACAGAUGGUUGUGAGAGAGAAAAUUCUUGCUAAGAUUGUCAGCUGCUUUAAACGUCAUGGAGCAAAGGGGUUGGAUACCCCAGCAAUUGAGCUAAAGGAAAUGCUUACUGAAAAGUAUGAGGACAACAUUGGGCUCAUGUAUGAUUUGAAGGAUCAAGGUGGAGAGCUGCUAUCCCUCCGCUAUGACCUUACUGUCCCUUUUGCUCGCUAUCUGGCCAUGAAUAAAUUGAAAAAGAUGAAACGAUACCAAGUUGGAAAAGUAUGGCGGCGAGAGAGCCCAACCAUAGUCCAAGGCCGCUACAGGGAGUUUUGCCAGUGUGACUUUGACAUUGCUGGUCAGUUUGAUCCUAUGAUCCCUGAUGCAGAAUGUUUGAAGAUCAUGUGUGAAAUCCUAAGUGGAUUGCAGCUGGGGGACUUUCUCAUUAAGAUCAAUGAUCGGCGAAUUGUAGAUGGGAUGUUUGCUGUCUGUGGUGUUCCUGAAAGCAAGUUCCGUACCACCUGUGCCUCAAUGGACAAACUAGACAAGAUGUCUUGGGAAGAUGUGAGACAUGAGAUGGUGACAAAGAAAGGCCUGGCCCCUGAGGUGGCUGAUCAAAUUGGGGACUAUGUCCAGUGUCACGGAGGGAUAUCCCUGGUAGAGCAGAUGUUCCAGGAUCCCAGACUGUCCCAGAACAAGCUGGCCAUGGAGGGCCUGGAGGACUUGAAGCUGCUCUUUGAAUACCUUUCUUUAUUUGGAAUUGCUGAAAAGAUCUCCUUUGACCUAAGUCUGGCUCGGGGCCUAGACUAUUAUACAGGGGUUAUCUAUGAAGCGGUGCUGCUACAGGACCCAGCUCAGGCUGGGGAGGAGCCUCUGAAUGUGGGCAGUGUGGCUGCUGGUGGGCGCUAUGAUGGACUGGUAGCCCAGUUUGAUCCCAAGGGCCACAAGGUGCCUUGUGUGGGGUUGAGCAUUGGAGUAGAGCGAAUCUUCUACAUUGUGGAGCAGAAGAUGAAGACUUUAGGUGAGAAGCUAAGAACCACAGAGACUGAAGUGUUUGUGGCCACACCCCAGAAGGAUUUUCUUCGAGAACGGUUGAAGAUAAUUGCAGAGCUUUGGGAUGCUGGUAUCAAGGCAGAGAUGCUAUAUAAGAACAACCCUAAAUUAUUAGCCCAGCUACACUUUUGUGAGAACACAGGCAUUCCUUUGAUGGUCAUUAUUGGUGAGCAAGAACAGAAUGAAGGUGUCAUCAAGCUCCGUUCAGUGGCCAGCAGAGAAGAAGUGAUCAUCAAGCGAGAAAAUCUUGUGGCUGAAGUUCAGAAGCGACUGUCUGAGUCUUGAUCAUUGCCUGAUUGCCAUCUCCUUUCCUUUCAAGAAAGGUUUUCGUCUAGAACAGGGUUCUGGUGGACUUUAUUCAGCUGGCCAGCAUGGAUGACAAGUGCCUUCUGCUUCCUCUGUCCUUCCUGGAUUCAGAACUAUAGAAGACCCUGGAUUCAGAACGAUAGAAGGCCCUGAGGACUCGUGGGCUAAUAUUAACAGCUACUCUGCCUGAGUGUAGAUGGCUGGCAUGUGAAAGGCAUGUGCAAGCUGCAAAGGCAGAUCUGAAGUGCCUCUGAAUUCUGUCAAGAGAUGUACAGAUGGUUACUGGGAGCUAAGGCUAAGGAUUUGGAAUCAUUGAAAUUAGAAGCUAGACAGUCACUUAACUUUCUACUAUAACUUUGGGAACAGAUUCUAGAGAAUUUGUCUACAUCAGACUAUGGCCUAUCCAUGGAGCAUUCAGAAGAUACCAAGAAAAAGAGCAUAGAAAAAAAAAAGUCAAAAGAUACUAAGAAUGGACAGUGGGUAGAGAUGCUGUCCCAAGAGCCUGGCAGUGCCCCUGUUGAUUUUCCCAGUUAACAGUCGAAAGGUAGGGCUAUUCAGUAAUUGUGAAUAUUGAACUUAAUAGAUGACAUGUUGGAAAUCUGAUCUUUUGAUAUUUUGGAGACCACCCACCUUGCCCAUAGUCACUUCUCUGAUUAUUCCAUCCCCUGCCAUGGAGGAUGUUCUAGAAAUGGUUAUUUAAUAUGUUUAAUAAAAGAAGUGGGCUGGAGAGAUGA